CUUUCUGAAAAAUUGACGACAAUAUUUCAACAAUAAUGUCGGCUCACAGCGGCGGAACGGAUUGGAAUUUCGUGGUAAAAGCCCUUCUGCAAAACCGCACAGGAGCCCUUAACAAAAACGAAGUAGUUAGUCUGCUAAGAGCGAUCACGCGUUGCGAACAUGAUUUUUUCGACGAGGAAAGCAGUUACACCCAGUUUUACACGGCCUUUGCAGCUCUGGCGGCCGACAAGCUUAUGCAAAUAAAGACGAUUUGCCAGACGCAAAUUUGCCAACUGCACGAUGCCACCGCGGUUCUUAUCCGUUUCAUCAUCUACCGGUUGCCUCGUGUCUCGGUGUACGAGACCAAGUGGUUGCUGGUGGCACUCAAGAUGCUUUGCGAGGGCAGGGAGAACGUCUCCAUGUCUUCGGUUAUGUUCGACUACAAUGCGGUGGCCACCGUUCUAAAGAGUUGCAAGCAUCCAGAGUCGACCACCAGCAAAAGUAUCCUGCCAAGCAGUAGCAGCAGCUCGUCCAGCGGUACGGGCGGCAAUGCGGACAAGGAGUCACCUAAACUGGAGAUAAAGCGAUCGCGGUCUGAUCUAUCUUCUGUGAUCCUACAGCAACUGCUGGCUCCACUAGAGCCGGGAAAGAUGACCUGGGUGCCGCUAAGCGAGGAGGUCACUGACUGCACUGACCAACUUUUGGCGGCCAACGUGGAGUACUUUCAGGAACAGAAUGGAGUCGACACCUUGCUGGACGUAUGUGUAGGCCUUCCUAUACUGAAUCGCUAUCGCUCCAAAUAUCUAGAGACCAUUAAUGGCGGCAAGCCGCUCUACCUGCCACUGACGCAAGUGGAGGCCACCACAGUGAAAUCGACCAUGAACCACAUGCUCACCGAUCUCAAUAUAUUGAGUCAGGCUCAUGCUUUGAUAGUGCUUCAGCCGCUCACUCCCAGUCGAAUUGAACGGUUUUCGAGUUGCGGUAUCGCUGCACUGUACAAUGCUGUGUUGGUAUCUAUAACCGCCAGUGUGCUCAGCAUGUGUCAAACGAGUAGCAGCUCCCAGAAACAGAGUGCUGCUUCCACCAGCCAGGGAAGCGGUGGCGGAGGGGGAGGCUCGAGUACUGGACAGAGUAACAAGGACCAUGACGACUUCGAGGAGCAGGCCUGCAGUAUAGUGAGCAAAGCUCUGGAGAUCUACUCUGCCAUCGGAGACCUGUUCAAGUCGUCGGCCCGCAUGCAUGUGUAUCAAAAUCAUCUGUGCUACGGCAGCUGGCUGCUUAUCAGUGGCAUCCAAGGGGCCAUGGGUGCCUCCGGGAGUGGCGGAGACACCUCAUCAAAAUCAGCAACGAAAACGGCCAAGUCUGGAAACGAGGCGACAGCUCCAAGUACACCCAUAGCCAGGGUCAAUCUCUUCAAGGUGCAGCAGGGAUUUGGGGAGCUCAAUGCGGCCAUUGCUAACCACAGCAUCAAACUGCUUUCGGAACUAAUUGAAGAUCUAAAGAUUGAGUCCGCCUGUGGACCGAAUCCCGAGUCCACUGAGCUGCCGGCGCCGGCACAAUUCGACAUCCUGCAGAGCUAUAGUUCGCUGGGGAGGAUUGUGAGAGUACUGAAUACCGCCACGUUGCACCAGCUCUUCACCUUCUUGGCCACGGUUGCCUACCGCAAGGCCUGCACUCAAAGACGAGCGUCCGCAAAGGAUCGCGCGGAAUGUGAGCCCAUCAGCUAUUCGGACUCAACCACCUACUUUAACGACUCGCUUUCCUGCUCUGACAACUCCGAGGAGGACGAUAGUGAAAGCUACUUGGGACAUUGGUUCAAAGAGACACUCUCCCCGGAAACACAUGACGACAACGCCAAUACAUCUGCCCAAGAGAGGAGCGGAGGAGAGCAAAAGAGUUCGCUUGUCCCCAAGCUGGAUGAGCCCCAUGAAUAUCUGGACUUGGCGGCAGAUAUAUUCUGUUUCCUGGACGAAUUUCUGGCCAAUAAGCACGCCUACAUGCAGCGCUAUGUGAAAGCAGGCGUCAGCGAUCAGCAAAUGCUCCUAAUGGCCAAUAUAAUCAAGGACUUUGACAGGGAUGUGAUGCGAAAUGAUAGCGAGCAGGGCUCGGGGAAUACUCCAGCGGCCAGUGCGGGAGCGGGUUCCUCUGCAGCAGCAACUACCAAGUGGCAAACGGCUAUGAUUCGAUUUUCGGGCUCUGCUGGUAGAUACAUCCAUAAUCUGAUCUCCACUUCACUGCUGUCCGAACAACUGCAGUCCAAUUUGCUGCAGCACUUGGCCAUCUCGCCCUGGUCAACGGAUACUAGCACCUGGCCAUUGCAGGUCUACCCCAGUACCCUUUCUGUGCUGGUCCAAAUCCUGCUCCUGAAGCCCACCCAGGAGAAGGAGGCCGCCUGCCUGUCCGUGUGGCAUCGUCUUAUCAACACCCUCGUCGAGGGAGUCUGUAACUGGUCGGCCGCUAGUUAUACUGACUACGAGGAUCUGAACAUUGAGCACGCCCAGCUGCUCCUCUUCCUCUUCCACUCUCUCAACCUGAUGCAAAAGAAGUCGAUCCUGUUGCUGACAGCCGGCGGCGUAAUACGCUGCGCAGAGGUUUGUCGCGGCAUCAGCGGAGAUCGACCCGUGAAGAACAGCCAGAUGAUGCUGCUGUCGCGGCUGCUGCUGUUCUUGGAGUAUCUGAUGAAACACUUAUACAACGCACCGCCGGAACUGCUCGAUCAAGUUCGGUGGAAUUUGUUCAGCGUGAGCAGUAUGCCAGAAACGCAGAAGAUCACCGAUUUGCUUAAUAGUCGCACCAAGUUAAACUUGUAUUUCCGUCAGGACAUCGAGGAGAGGUUCCGGAAGUCAGCGGGGGAAUAUGGAUCUGCAAUUCGUCCCACAUUCUACACGUUGGUCAUGGCCGAUCCCGAAAAGCCUUACUGGGCACAGGAGUUUAAAUUGGAUGGCUUGGCCUGGAACUUUAUUCUCUGCACUCCGGACAAACUUAAGUAUCCUCUGCUAGUGGAUGCCCUCACGGAUAUUCUCUCGAUUGUCGACAUGUCGGCGUUUACAAAGGACAAAGAGGCCAAGGAUGCGAAUAUGCAGAGUCUGUGUGCGAUGCAGUACUGCUUUAGCAUCGCCUGGAAGCUGAUUUUGGGUCUGCCGCCCUCCACCUCGCAUGUGGAGUCACUGAAAGUAGAGCCAGCACCCAACUUGCACUCGUUGAUUUGGAGCAUACGCUGUCCAUUGGCCACCUCGCACUAUCUGGUGGUAAACAGCCUAAUUAAGCAGGGCAUGUACACCCAGUACUCGGAAACGCUGUGGAGGGAGGUUGGUGACAUUGCGGGUGACUUAAAGUAUAGUCUCAAGCAGACCAUACUUGGCGUCGAAGCGUUCAAUACUCAGAUGAACGGCAAUGGUACUCCUCGCCUCUCCGAUCUCAUCUUGUUUGAUUCGUUGGUGGCUCACAUGCAGGCCGUAGCCUGGGCUAGCAAGGAGGGCUUGAAACUGCCGCGCAGAGAAACCGAUGAAAUAUCAAGCGAUCAGUCCUCUUCAGGAGCUGCAGCCUCGAGCAACGAUGCCGAUGUUUACUCUUCCAACGAGUCCAUCGAUGAUGAAAAGGCACAGCAGGAAGAGGAAAGCGAACUACCAAGUGAUCUGCAAAAACAUAACCAAUUAGUGAACGAGCUUAUGCUUAAGCUAAUGAACUCCUACCGCCUGCUCUCGGUCAUUGUACGCGGCCAGAUGCUGAAACAGUUGUCCAGCUCGACGCCGGAGCAAGCUCUUAAUCUGAUCGUCCCCAUUGUGAGUGAUAAGCCCGCGAUUAUGCUAGAGCUGCAUGCAGCGUUUCUCAAGCUCCUCCCGAAUGAGGACAAGCAACUGAUUGCGAACGAGUGGCCCAAGUGCCUCAUGGUCAACGAUUCCGCUUUCGACGGCAAGCAGUUUCCCGUGGAACCGUAUACCCUGAACGUGAUAGACGCACAUAUUAUGGAGCUGACGCGUGGCGCCAACUACUCAACGCUUCACACCCUAAAGCACUGCCUCAAAUCUAUCCUGCACUUAUUUGAGCUCCUUCUGCCACAUUGCUCGCAUAGCAACAAUGAGAUGGAGUCGCAGUUGAAAGGCUUGCUGAUUGCCUCCAUGCUAGACAUGCGAACCGACUAUCUGCAGGGACAGAGCGAGCAGUGUCUGCGAGAGAUUCUCAGCGGGUUGACCCUGGAGGCCCAGAAACUGCUGCUCUAUGAGCAUAUGAUUGGCUAUUGCUAUCGCAUGCUUAAGGACUUCGCAGCCGAUCUUCGCCAGACAGCACCGCCGCUAGAUCAGGAGCGCGCAAUGUUCAAUGAGUCCAUGCUGUUUGCAGUGCUCAAGACUAUGAUCAAGAUGGUGGAUAAACCGACUGGGAUGCAGGCUAUGCGGCAGUUCUUCAAGGAUCAGAAAUCGGGAAGCCUCACCACCCUCCUGCUCUCCUUUACUGGAACCAGUCUACCCGUCAGCUACGCUCGCAAGAUGCUGCAGUUCGUUGAGCGCCUGUUCCAGCAGUCCUCGCAAGCGGACUCCCAGUUCUUGCACGACGAUUUAGUCGAAUGCUUCUCGGAGCUGGCCACCGUCGAUGUGGCACGUCUAAAGCUCUGGUUGGCCCACAUCAUCUACGGGCCCAAUGUGAGUACGGAAGUGAGCACAUCUGAGGCAAUGGACACCACCUGCCGCCUGCUGACCAGCAUCAUGCAGCCCUCCAGCAGCUCCAGCAGCAAUGCCCAGACUCCCACCAAUAUGGCCACAGUUUCUGCCAUGCCGAGUAUCUCCGAUCAGCUGGAUGCCAUGGAAAUUGACUACGACUGCGGAACGGCAGCAGGCGGAGGUGGAGAAAGCGGAACCGGUGCCGGAGGCGCUGGUGGUGCCAAUACAUCGCAGAUCCUGAGCCUGUGGCAGGCUGCGCAGCCGAAUCCUUCGGAGGAAUCUUCACAAGCAUGCUGUGAGCACUCGGGAACUGAACGAAAUGGAGCGCUCCUACUGAGCUUUGUGAAAUCCUUGGUUAAGGAUCAGAGCAAGGCGGCGCAAAUAGCGCCGCCCCUGUUCCAGGCAUUGCUGCAGCUGGGACAGACUUUAAUAUCCCCGCCCCAGGAUGCUUGCGACUUUGCGGAUGUGCUCCAGAUAAUGAUUACGUUGGCGGAUGCCAUUCCCGCACGCGGUCAUGCGGCAUUGUUCAAUACCACGGUCCUGUGGCUGGAGCUAGAAAAACAGCAGCUACCGGAUAAGCAGCUGAGGCACGCGGAGAAUGUCAGCGCCCUGCUGCGUUACCUCAGCGAACUCUUGCAGAGCAUCGGCUACCGCGGAAGCCGGCAACACAUUCCGCCCUGGGAUGAUGAGCUGCAGACCGAUCUGGACGAACUGUACGAUGAGCUGGCCGAGGAAGGGGAACAGGACUCGUUGCUGGACAAUGACUCCGACGAGGAUACGCUUAACAACAAGCUUUGUACCUUUUCGCAGACGCAGAAGGAAUUCAUGAACCAGCACUGGUACCAUUGCCACACCUGCAACAUGAUUAACACGGUGGGCGUGUGCUCUGUCUGCGCUCGGGUCUGCCACAAGGGACACGAUGUAAGUUAUGCCAAGUACGGCAACUUCUUCUGCGACUGCGGAGCCAAGGAGGACGGGUCGUGCCAAGCACUGAGCCGGCGUCUUGGUAGCGGCGAGGUGAGAGAUUCGGCCGGAGUGGCCAGCUACUUGCCCUCUCAUAUGAGCCUCCUGGCAGGCAAGAAGAGGAGUAGCCCACCCGCCAUGCAGCAAGUGUCGGCUGCUCGCAAGGAUUCCUUGAACAGUGAAAGAAUUGCUGUGUUAAGUAAGCUCCUAGAACCGUAUCGAGAGACACUUCAGCAUCAGGAGCAAUGGCUGCUGGUUGUUCGCUGCAUUCUGGAGUACUUUGAUUUACUAUUACCGUCGAUCCGGGAGAACUGUACCCUCUACUCCAUCGUGGGAUGCCAUAAGAGAGCAACGGCGGCAUUAGAGCGGCUCCAUCAGCUAGAGCAAAGCUUUCAAGUCACGGAUCAACUUAUGUUUGCUACCCUGGGCUCCCAGGAGGGUGCCUUCGAGAACGUGCGGAUGAACUACUCGGGAGAUCAGGGCCAGACCAUCAAGCAUCUGAUAUCAUCCGGAGUGGUGCGUCGCGUGGCCUUCUGUUGUCUUUCCUCACCACACGGACGUCGUCAGCAACUGGCAGUGUCUCAUGAGAAGGGCAAAGUGACCAUCCUUCAGCUCUCUGCGCUGCUCAAGCAGGCCGAUGCCUCAAAGCGCAAGUUGACUCUUACCCAGCUGAGUUCCGCUCCCAUAGCAUGCACGGUGCUCUCGUUGGCCGCCAAUCCCUGCAAUGAGGAUUGCCUAGCCGUUUGCGGUCUGAAGGAGUGUCACGUGCUCACCUUUUCCAGCAGCGGCAGCACAAACGAACAUAUUGUGGUAAGUCCGCAACUGGAGAAUGGAAACUAUAUCAAGAAGGCGAUCUGGCUGCCCGGCUCGCAGACUCUCCUGGCCCUCGUCACCUCGGAUUAUGUGAAGAUCUACGAUCUGGCUGUGGAUUCGUACAGCCCGAAGUACUACUACCUCGUCGCAUUGGGCAAGAUCCGGGACUGCACGUUCAUGUACCAGGAUGGACAGUACUACAUGUUGAGCUUUGCCAGCUCCGGAUACAUUUACACCCAGCAGUUGGACCAGCAGAGCCUGGCGGUGCAUGGAGACUUCUAUGUCACCAAUACUCUGGAGCUGAGUCACCAGCACAUUAAGGAUGUCAAUGGCCAAGUCGGCGGCGGGGGAGUUUCCAUCUACUACUCCCACACCAUGCAGCUGCUAUUCUACAGCUACUCCUCGGGCAGGAGCUUCUUCUCUCCGCUCACCAAUGUGAAUGACGGCGUGAAGGGCAUCUAUCAUCUUGAUACCAACUCGGCCAGCAAGUCUGCCUCGAAAGGACCCCUCCAGCCGCUGGUUCAGUGGACUGAGGUGGCCGGGCAUCCGGGACUAGUUUACGCCAGCAUGCAGACAUCAAACAACCCGAUUAUUCUAAUGCUUACGCCGGAACGGAUAUACCUGCAGGAGAUAAAGGCGCAGUCGGCAAAGUCGCGCAUUAUGGACGUGGUGGGCAUCCGACAUGCUGUGGCCGGCGUUGAGAAGACCACACUGUUGCUGCUAUGCGAGGACGGAAGUCUGAGAAUCUUCUCCGCCCAGCCGGAACACACUAGCUUCUGGCUGUCGCCUCAGGUCCAACCCUUUGGCAACCAACUCUACUCAUCCACACUGAUGGUGAAGGGAGGCGGAUGUGGUGUCAGUGCGAAGCCCAAAUCCAGUGCUGGUCCCGGCAAGCUGACCCGCAAGGCGAGCCAGCAGCAGAAACAACUGACGGCCGGCGGACUACCCGUGUUCCCCAUCGACUUCUUUGAGCACUGCAAUAUGCUAGCCGAUGUGGAGUUUGGCGGGAACGAUCUACUCCAGAUCUACAACAAACAGAAACUAAAAACGCGGCUCUUCUCCACAGGCAUGUUUGUGGCUAGCACGCGAGCCAAUGGCUUCACCCUGGAAGUGAUCAACAACGAUCCCAAUGUGGUUAUCGUGGGCAUCAGGGUGUUGAUAGGCACCCAGGAUGUGCAGAGAGCACCGCUAUCGGUCACCAUUCUGGGACGAACUGUACCCACGCCAGUGAGGCGCGCCCGCUGGUUCGACAUACCGCUGACCCGAGAGGAGAUGUUCCAGUCGGACAAGAUUCUGAAGGUAGUCUUUGCCAAGUCCCAGGACCCAGAACACGUGACAUUGCUGGAUUGCAUCGAGGUCUAUGGCAAGUCCAAGGAGCUGGUGGGCUGGCCAGACGAAUCCGAGGAAGUGACUGCACCGGGAUCAAGUGUGCCGGCCGUGCCCUCAACACAGGCAAGCAGCGCUAACUUUGGCGAGGGAUUCAAUUGUAUCACCCAGCUGGAUCGUAUGGUGAAUCACCUUCUGGAGGUGAUGGACUGCGCCCUGAACUUGCUGGGCUCCGGAGUGCCAGCUGCCAUCCGUCAAAAGGCUAUGAAAACGGCAAGCGCCCUCCUGCUGUUGCCCACCCCCAAUCCAGUCCAGACACAGGCCCGUUAUGUGCUGGCCACCCUCUAUGGAAGCCGGCCGUCGUAUCACAGCUACAAGGAUGGUGUGCUCCUGCAGUUUGUGCACGGAGAGCUCCAAGCUCUGCACCCGAAACUCGAAAAACUGGAAUCUCUGCAGGAGAUCGACCCAGAGGCUUUCUAUCGACUGAUUCUCCUUGUGAGUGGCAUUGCCAACGCUCGUCCGCAGUCGCUGGCCAAGAUCUGCCAGGAGAACAACUACGACAUUGUGCCAUCUAUCAUGAGCUUUGUCCUGGAGCUGCACAAGGUUACCCCGGCGUUGGAUGAACCCACGAAUAUUGUGCGACGCGGCUUAUGCCAGGCGGAGACUAUUGUCCACUGCCUGGUGGAGAUUAUGUACGGAUUUGCGUUGGCUGAUCCCUCCCAGGUGGGUCGCAUGACGAAGUACUUUAUUGAUCUUCUCAAGCACGAUGCCAGUGUCAUUAGCCACAGUGCCAAGGAGGCGCUGAUCCUGCUACUGAGUCCCCGAUUGAAGCGCCGUAAGGUAGCUAUUGUUACGCCGCCAGCUUGCUCCACGCCCACACCCUCAACGUCAACCAUGCAGGCUCUGCAAGCGGUGGCAGCCUCAGCGGCCAGUGACAUCAUUGAGGAAGCGGCAGCCGUUGCCGUCGAUGCUGCAGUUGGAGGGAGCGGCGGUGGCGGUGGUGGUUUGCCUGACCCCAAUCCCGACGCGGAGGGAGGUGUUGCUGGCGUAGGAGGCGUAGGUCAGCAGCAGAUGCUGGAGAACCUAGAAGCCUUCAUGGCUUUCCCCCGACUGCUCGGCCUGCCCGAGGAUGCCGACGAUGAGGCCAUCAUGGACAUUGCCAUCGCCUUGAGCUUACAACAGCACGAAGGAGAUGGAAAUGCGCUCCAGGCUCUGCUGGAGGGUGCUCCCAAUCUCAAUGGUAUUCGACAGGCGGCAGUCAUGGCAGCUGCAGCCAAUGCAGCAACAGCCAGUGUCUCCGCCGGGGGAUCUGAUGACGACGAGGCCUCUAACGUGGCCACUGAUGGAUCAACCUUGCGGACAUCGCCAGCAGAACCAGCCGGCAGUGGCGGUUCGGAGAGUGGCGGCAGCGGAGUUGAGAGCAUUGGAGGAACAUCUGCGAGAAGCAGCAACUUUGGUGAUCAUGCGAACGCUUCACCUCCUCGACAGGGCUCAACCAAGGAUGACCAGGAGCAGCCAGGUCCCAGCGGGGCUGCUUGUUCCGGCGGGGCCUCUGGCCUGAGUGCAAUGAGCAGCAGUGAGGAUAACGAAAUCAACGAGGAUGAUAAGCUCAGCAAGCUACAUGAUCUGAGAAUUGCCGUUCUGGAGAGCAUUAUACAACACCUAAGCACCUUUGAUUUGUGCAACGGCCUGCAGGCCAUUCCACUUAUCCAGGUCAUACUCAUGCUAACCACCGAUCUUAAUGGGAACAAUGAUCGAGACCAGCAAGUACUCCAAGAUCUGCUUAGCGCCCUAGUUGACUAUGUCGAAAUUGGCAAGCGUGGUGCGGCGUCAAGGAUGGAAACCAAGUGCCCUGGCAACGAGGUACGUCUCGCAUUGCUGUCCCUCUUUGGUGUGAUGAUGGGCAAGACUAAGUCAAAGCAGACUGGCACAACCUCACCGCCGCAUCAGUUCAAGGACAACACAUCCUUUGUGGCCAGCACCACAGCUAAUGUUUUAAGCAAAAGUGGUGCCUUUGUAUUCGCCCUGGAGGCCCUUAACACUCUGCUGCUUCACUGGAAGAAAGUGUUGGGCGACCCCUAUGCCGCGGGUGGCGGCGUGAGCGCCGCACAAGCUGCUCAAAAUAGCGGCAGUGGCGGCGGAGCUUCUGGCUCGGGAGUACAGCUACUGAAGCCCAUUAAACAUGGUCCUAAACCCGACAUAUCUAUACUGAUCCCGCACAACUACCUGAAGAACUAUCCGGACAUCUUCGAGUCCUACGACGGACUGCUGACCGAGAUCAUUGUCCGCUUGCCUUAUCAGAUUUUACGUCUAAGCAGCGCUCAUCCGGACACCUACGACAGUAGCUUCUGCGAGUCCAUGACUUUCACCCUGUGCGAGUACAUGAUGCUUAACCUGAACACCUUGCUGCGCCGACAAGUGAGGAAGCUGCUCAUGUACAUCUGCGGCAGCAAGGAGAAAUUCCGCAUGUACCGUGAUGGACACUCAUUGGACGCCCACUUCCGUGUGGUGAAGCGUGUAUGCAACAUUGUGAGCAGCAAGACUGGUGCCCCAUACAACGCCAAUCCGCCCUUGCUUACCUACGAUUCGCUGGUGGAGCUCACGGAACAUCUGCGCACAUGCCAGGAAAUUAGCCAAAUGCGCACUGGGAACUGGCAGAAGUUUUGCGUCGUUCAUGAAGACGCUCUGGCCAUGCUGAUGGAGAUAGCUUGCUACCAGUUGGAUGACGGCGUUUCCCCCAUCAUUAUCCAGUUGCUGCAGGCAGCUGUUUGCAACCUGCCCACUGGUUCCAAUGGGUCAAAGUUGCCGCAGCCCCUGCCUUCGACCUCCUCCUCGACAUCGAGCAAGGCGCGAAGUGACCGGGAGAAGAGUGAGGAUACAGACGCCUACUACUCCAAGUUCGAUCCAGCUCAGUGUGGCACAUUCGUGCACCAAAUCUUCAGGUAUGCUUGCGACGCCUUAAUCAUCCGUUUUGUAAGGAUCUUCCUGCUCGAGAACAACAUCACCCAACUGAGGUGGCAGGCCCAUUCCUUUAUAAACGGGCUCUUCGAGCAUGCCAACGAGAGGCAGCGUGAGAAGUUGUUGAAUAUCUUCUGGAAUCUUUGGCCACUGGUGCCCACUUACGGUCGGAGGACGGCGCAGUUUGUGGAUCUGCUGGGCUAUCUAACACUAAGCACCAAAAGCAUCACAGACCGCCUGCCGGAAUUCGUGUCGCGUGCCGUGGAUGUGCUCCGGCAGCAGAACGAACUGCUCUGCAAGCAUCCCAAUGCGCCCAUAUACACCACCUUGGAGUCUAUACUGCAGGUGAAUGGCUACUAUCUGGAGUCAGAGCCGUGUCUGGUGUGCAACAAUCCAGAAGUGCCGAUGGCAAACAUCAAGCUGCCGUCGGUCAAGUCGGACUCAAAAUACACCACGACCACAAUGAUUUACAAGCUGGUGCAGUGCCACACUAUCUCUAAGCUGAUUGUACGGAUAGCCGACCUAAAACGCACCAAGAUGGUGAGGACUAUUAAUGUUUACUACAACAAUCGCAGUGUCCAGGCGGUGGUGGAGCUGAAGAAUCGACCAGCGCUGUGGCAUAAAGCGCGCUCUGUCUCUCUGCAAUCGGCCCAGACUGAACUAAAGAUCGACUUCCCACUACCGAUCACCGCCUGCAAUUUGAUGAUCGAGUUUGCGGACUUUUUUGAGACCGUUAGCGGUUCCAGCGAGAAUCUACAGUGUCCCAGAUGCAGUGCAGCAGUGCCCGCAUAUCCGGGAGUCUGUGGCAAUUGCGGUGAAAACGUGUUCCAGUGCCACAAGUGUCGAGCCAUUAACUACGACGAGAAGGAUCCCUUCCUCUGCCAUUCAUGUGGCUUCUGCAAAUACGCCAAGUUCGAUUUCAGCAUGUAUGCUCGAGUCUGCUGUGCGGUGGAUCCCAUUGAGUCGGCCGAGGAUAGGGUGAAGACUGUAUCGCUGAUACAUAGCUCAUUGGAGAGAGCGGACAGGAUAUACCGCCAGCUGCUGACCAACAAGCAGAUGCUGGAGUUGCUCAUACAGAAGGUGGCCGAGCACAGAAGCAGCGAUCGCCUCGUUGAGGACAACAUGGCCAGCGUUCACAGCACCUCACAGGUCAACAAGAUUAUCCAGCUCUUGGCCCAAAAGUAUUGCGUGGAGUCUCGCACCAGCUUCGAGGAACUGAGCAAGAUUGUCCAGAAGGUGAAGGCGUGUCGUAGUGAAUUGGUGGCCUACGAUCGACAACAACAGGAUCAGCCGCCGAUUAAUCCGGGAUCGUCUUCCGGCGCCGAAAUUCCCACCACAAAUCGCUGCUAUGGUUGUGCAUUGGCCUCCACUGAGCAGUGUCUGACCCUCUUGCGGGCUAUGGCCUACAACUACGAUUGUCGCGUCGGUUUGUAUAGUCAAGGACUCGUUAGCGAACUAGCCGAGCACAAUCUGCGACGGGGCACUCCGCAGAUUCAGGAGGAGGUUCGAAACCUAUUGGUUGUGCUGACCAAGGACAAUGCCGAGGCCUGCAUGCACCUGCUGCAGCUGGUAACAGCUAGGGUGAAGAAUGCCCUAAUGGGAUCGAUUCCGUUGAUCAGCCUGGAGGCUGCCGUUCAUCAGGAGAUGACCCUACUGGAGGUGUUGCUCGGCCAGGACGAUGUGUGCUGGGAAUACAAGCUAAAAGUCAUCUUUGAGCUGUUCAUUAGUAACUGCCGGCUGUCCCGUGGCCCCGUGACAUCGGUGCUCCAUCCCUGCCUUCGGAUAAUGCAGAAUCUCAUCUGCCCGGUGCUGCCCAGCAGCAAGCCCAACCAGCAGAAGGUGGCCACCGCUGAUCUCUGCAGCAUAAAGCUGCUCGAAGGCAACACCGUUGACUACCGGGCCUGGCUCAACUCGGAUCGGAACCACGAGUACGCCGCAUGGUGCAGCCGAAUGCCGAAGAACAGUAGUCAGGGCAAGCAAAAGAACGCCAAGGAGCAGGCGGCUUCAGCAGCCACAGAGGUACCGCAGAAGAGCAGGCGAGAGGUGCGGGCAACCUUCCUGAUGGAGAAAUUCGGAAAACGAUGGCGGGAGCGUGUGCUGGACAAGCAGCGAGUAACAAAGCCCCUCGUAUUUAAUGCCAAAUGGAUUCAGCCCUUGCUGUUUAAUGCCAACUCCCGGUUUGGACGCCAGUUGGCCUGCUCCCUGCUGAGCAGUCUGAGCAGAACCAACGAGAGGAAGCAACAGGCCUUGAAUAUGCUCACCUCGUUCCUGAAGCACGUGGGCGAAGCCGGCGAGGCCAGUGCCGAAUACUUGAUGCUCUUCAAGAGCAUGUCCACGGAGCAGCCAUGGCUGCAGUAUCUCGUGCUGAAGGGUGUCCUGGGCCAGAUAUCCCAGCUGCUUGCGAUUGAGAUAAGCAAGGUUCAUCGGAUGGAAGAGCACUCCCUCUCCUCGGAUCUGUCCCUAGGCUACGCGUUGCGCCAAUAUGUGGAGCUGUUGUGGCUGCUCCUUGAAUGCCCCAACAUUCGAAGAACCUACAAGACCCGCAUGCUGGGCCCCGUUCUCGAGAGCUAUCUCGCCUUAAGGAGUCUGGUGGUGCAGCGCACGCGACUGAUUGAUGACGCCCAGGAAAAGCUGCUCGAGAUGCUAGAGGAUAUGACCACCGGCACAGAGGAGGAGACGCGUGCAUUUAUGGAAAUUCUCAUCGAUACCGUGGAAAAGACGCGAAUGAAUGACAUCAAGACACCUGUGUUCAUCUUCGAGCGGUUGUAUUCCAUCAUUCAUCCCGAGGAGCACGACGAAAGCGAGUUUUACAUGACGUUGGAGAAGGAUCCGCAGCAGGAGGACUUCCUGCAGGGCCGUAUGCUGGGUAACCCGUAUCCCUCGAGCGAAAUGGGCCUGGGGCCGCUGAUGCGCGACGUCAAAAACAAGAUCUGCACGGACUGUGAACUGAUCGCCUUGCUGGAGGACGACAACGGUAUGGAGCUGCUGGUAAACAACAAGAUCAUCAGCCUGGAUCUGCCCGUCAAGGAUGUGUACAAGAAGGUGUGGUUAGCAGAGGGCGGCGAUAGGGAUGCCAUGAGGAUAGUCUAUCGCAUGCGUGGUCUCCUGGGCGACGCUACCGAGGAGUUUGUGGAGACGCUGAACAACAAGAGCCAGGAGCAGGUGGACACCGAGCAGCUGUACCGAAUGGCCAAUGUCCUGGCCGACUGCAACGGCCUCCGUGUGAUGCUGGACCGUAUCGGCAGCCUGCAGCGCAUCUCGCGCAACCGCGAACUCAUCCAGGUUUUGCUAAAGCUCUUCCUCAUCUGCGUAAAGGUGCGUCGCUGCCAGGAAGUGCUGUGCCAGCCCGAAAUUGGAGCCAUCAACACUUUGCUCAAGGUGCUACAGAUGUGUCUGCAGUCGGAGAACGAUUCCAUUCAGUCGGCGGUCACCGAGCAGUUGCUAGAGAUCAUGGAGACUAUUCUCUCGAAGGCGGCUAGCGAUACACUGGACUCCUUCCUGCAGUUCUCGCUGACCUUCGGUGGACCCGAGUACGUGACUGCUCUUAUCUCCUGCACAGAUUGUCCGAACGUAAGGAAUAAUCCCUCGGUGCUGCGCCAUCUCAUCCGGGUUCUAGCCGCCUUGGUCUACGGGAACGAGGUGAAGAUGGCCCUGCUCUGCGAGCACUUUAGGAACACCUUGAGCUUUAAACGCUUCGACAAGGACCGCACGCCAGAAGAGGAGUUCAAAAUGGAGCUCUUUUGCGUGCUGACCAACCAAAUCGAGCAUAACUGCAUCGGCGGCACACUCAAGGACUACAUUGUAAGCCUUGGCAUCGUGGAACGAUCCCUGGCCUACAUCACCGAGCAUGCUCCCUGCGUUAAGCCCACACUCCUGCGCACCGACUCCGAUGAGCUGAAGGAGUUCAUUUCACGUCCGAGCUUAAAGUACAUCCUCCGCUUCCUUACCGGCCUCUCGAAUCAUCACGAGGCCACCCAGGUGGCCAUCAGCAAGGACAUUAUACCCAUUAUCCACCGCCUAGAGCAAGUCUCCAGUGACGAGCACGUUGGCAGCCUGGCUGAGAACCUUUUGGAGGCGCUCUCCACGGACGCGGCAACGGCAGCAAGGGUGCAACAAGUGCGGGACUUCACCAGGGCGGAGAAAAAGCGACUGGCCAUGGCUACGCGAGAGAAGCAACUGGAUGCCUUGGGAAUGCGUACGAAUGAAAAGGGUCAGGUAACGGCAAAGGGCUCUAUCCUGCAGAAGAUCGAAAAGCUGCGCGAUGAGACGGGCCUAACGUGCUUCAUUUGCCGCGAAGGAUACGCCUGCCAGCCAGAAAAGGUUCUGGGCAUCUACACGUUCACCAAGCGAUGCAAUGUUGAGGAGUUCGAGCUCAAGUCGAGGAAGACCAUCGGCUACACCACCGUCACCCACUUCAAUGUGGUCCACGUUGACUGUCAUACAUCUGCCAUACGCCUGACUCGCGGGAGAGACGAGUGGGAACGAGCUAGUCUACAGAAUGCCAACACCAGGUGUAAUGGCCUUCUGCCCCUUUGGGGUCCCGCCGUAGGGGAGGCAGCCUUUUCUGGCUGCAUGACCCGGCACAGCAGCUACAUGCAGGAGAGCACCCAGCGCUGCGACAUCUGCUACACGAGCAGCGUGCAUGACCUGAAGCUGCUGCUGGUGCGGUUCGCCUGGGAGCGAAGCUUCCACGACGAUGCUGGCGGCGGAGGUCCCCAGUCAAACAUGCACUUUGUGCCCUACCUGCUCUUCUACGCCGUCUACCUGCUGCUCUCCUCCCGCUCAGCGUCCAGGGAUAGCAAGACGUUGCUGACAUAUUUGCAGGCGGAGCCAAGCGAAAAGUGGCUAGAGUGUGGAUACGAAGUAGACGGCCCCCUGUACAUGGCUACCGUUUCCCUGUCGCUGCACAGUCGUGAGCUGUGGAACAAGCACAAGCUGGCACAUCUCAAGCGCCUUUUGGCGGUGGCACAAGCCCGUAACAUCUCACCCUCGGUUCUAUGCAAGGCCCUGUUGUCGCCGGCGGAUCGUCAAGUCAAGGAUUACAGUGUAUACAAGCCGUUCCUUAUGAUGUGGGCACUGGUGGACUUGAUCUACAAUGACCUUUUCAAUACGGUGAGCACGACCAAGGAGGAGGAUUGGCCGAUUUCGCUGUUCGACUAUCUGCGCAAGAACGAUGAGGCUAUGCUGAAGUCCACGGACAACAUCCUGAAGACCCUGACCGAUGACUUCCUGACCUGCACCUCCUUUGGGGAAUUCUGCGAUGUGGCAGGCCUUCUACAUCUCAUUGAGCAGCCCGACACCUUCAUUGAGGGGGUCCUCGCAACCCUGCCUUCAACCACGAGCUCUAGUUAAAAUAUGCAGUCGUUAAUCCUAACCGACUAAACCCUUGCUUAAUAUCUAAUAUAUAUAUAUAUUUAUCACAUAAAACUAUUUAAUCAAUAAAAAUUAUU